GCCUCGUGCUUUGUUUCAAAAGUUGGCGGGAGGAGAAAAGAACCCCCGGAUGGUUGUUUGACAGCUCUGACAGCUUGGAUCUUUUGGAUCUUUCUUGUCGAAUGGCCCAGUCGAACUUGAAGCGUCAAGCGUCAAAGGGACAUGGAAGAUGACGGACAGCAAUACAUGCAAAGCGACUGUGAUAACAAUUCACAAGGCAUCAGAGGUGCCACUUCAACCCAUCAAUGGAAAGCCUACGCUUGUGUACUGGGAUAUAGUCGGGAUUGUGCACCCUCUGCGAAUGGCAUUGGCCACGGCGAACGUGGAGUGGAACGAUGUCCGAAUGGUCUGUGGGCAGAGCAAAGACAGUCAAGCAAACAAGAAGGAAUGGUUCCAAGCAAAGAAAGUCCUGCAGGAGAAGAAGAUUUUGGAGUUUCCGAACCUUCCGUACUAUCUGGAUACAGACGUGCAGUUGGUGCAAACUGAUGCUAUUUUGCGUUAUCUCGGCAACAAGUUCAAUCUCAUGGGAAAUGGUACUGUCCAAGUGCACCGGGCAGAUAUGCUCAUGGAAGAAGCACGAGACCUGGAUUCCACAAUUGUUCGACUUUCAUACGAAGAAGGCGGUCCAGCCGUGGCCAAAUGGCUCUGUAGCAGUGACUUGAGAGACAAGCUCCAAGUUUGGGACGAACUGAUUCGGGCUAGCGGAGCCUUCGUGACGGGAUCAACAAUCACAGUAGUGGAUUUCAAGCUCUACACAUUCCUCUACAAAUUCCAGGUUGCUCAGGCUUCCCUGAUGAUAUCCGAUUGCCAAGUGCCAGCCUUGCCUUUUUGGGUUCCUGCGUAUCUCGACCUUGUGCAAAAGGCAACACCACAACUGGAGGCAUACCUAAAGAGUCCAGACAUGCGAAUCCCAAUCAACAACCCCCAUGCACUCUUUGACAACUUUUAGAGACCAAGGAGAUCUAGUAGAAGAUCUUGUAAGUAUAUUCGGCAAUGCCCUAGUUCUUCAAGGACGGUAUAGCGACAGUGAUGCUGUGUGUCGUUCCGGUGUAAUCCGUCUGCCAAUAGUGCCAAUAGUUUGUUGGUUGUGGUUGCUGCGGAUACGUAGGACUGUGAACUUGCGUACUGCUAGCUAGCCAGGAUUUAGAUUGAACUGCAGGUUGAAAGAACUGAUGGAGGGGCUUCGUAGAGUAAAGAGUGCUAUCAAUACUUAUGACACGAAGAGCUAUAAAAUUUAGUUGUAGAUAUAUUUUCUGUAGAGCAAGCAACAUCAGUGGA